AUGAAUGCUCCUCCACGUUAUGAAUCUUUUCUUCUUGAUGAGGGAGAAAAAAAGAUUGAAAUUGAAAAAGAUACAAAAGUUCCAAAUGCGGCAGUGUUUACUUUAAAUAAAGAAGACCAUACUUUGGGUAAUAUGAUUAAACAUCAGUUGUUAAAAGAUCCUCGUGUGCUUUUUGCUGGUUAUCGAAAUCCUCAUCCAUUAGUACAUAAAGUUCUUUUGCGAGUGCAAACUGAUGCAACUACAACACCGGCUGAAGCACUUGAUUCAGCAAUAACCGAUUCUAUUGCAGAGAUGUCACUUUUAGAGGAGCGAUUUAGGGAUGCUUUUAGAGAGAAACGAGAAGAGUGA